AACCUGAACAAACAUACGUGUAAUCUCCCACCUCUAAGUUUUUGCUAACAUGCAUAUAUAAGAAGGGGUUACAACGCAGAUAAGGAUUAAUGUUCUACGAAAACUCUGUAAUUUGCAGUCGAGAAAUUUACCGAGUCACUUAAAAAUCGUUCAGAGGUUUUGCGGAGGAUUCCAUUCAUAACAUUAACACAAAAGGACUUUUUGCAAGUCUACCUUUCAAGUACAAAGUUGCCCUCAGGCGCCCGAUUUUGCAUGAUUCAUCGUAUCGCGAUUAAUAGAUUUAUUUAUUACAAAAUUUUACGAUAAACAGGGGAUUUCCUCUUCAACCCAACGACAGCUGAAACUACUGUUGUAAAAGACACUGUUCAUCUACGCCACAGUCAUAUCCACUUGAAUGUGAAUCGCUGGAUGAGCUCAACUUGAAUCUCACUGAGAAGAUUUUAGUGAAAAAGUACACUCACCAGACAUUCGUUUCAUUUCGGUGCUUCAACGAGAUGAGCAAGAUCAUCGCGGGAAGACAGUUUGAUGGUUGAAAAUCAUCUGUCGAAAUAGAACGAAAACUACUACUUCGUAACAGACCUAAACAGGAGUAGAUUCAAUUUUAAUCUUCCUAUUCUAUUUACUCUUGACCAACUUUAAUUGAAAAUAGUGAAGAAAAUGAAAGAAAUUACCAAGGAUCGAGAUGAAUUCGUGGGAUUUCCCCUUCGAGUUUCGAAAGAUUAACUUCUUAUUGGGGAACUUUCUGUUAAGAUUGUGUAAAUCGACUAAACGUGGACAAACAAGGUCAAACGACGGAGCUUCAACAAAGCAACAGACUAAAAAAUAAAGUCGUACUUGUGCUUAGGCGUCGAAAAACUAGGCAAGACAUUUGACUGAAGUUUCUGCUGUAUUGUUGGUAACAAGAGUAAGUGAUUUAAGAAGAAAGAUCCUAAUAUCACUACACAAUUGACUACAGAAUGUAGUGUUUUGCAACUUUGCUCGUAUGUACGUUGAACCAUUGAUAAAAGAACAUCUCUGAAACAGAAACUGGGGAUAUCAAGAGAAAACUUAAUCGCAACUUUCUUCCGAAUUCGAAGAUGAGUGAGUUUAGAUUGGAAUUACGACAAACACCGAAUGAAACGCUGGCAACUGAACCCGUGUCUAGUUGUCCGUUUGUUCAAAGCAAUCUUCUUUAUCUGGAUUAUCUCCGUGAAGUUUAUAUCGUUAACUGUAUUUUAAAUGCUAUAUUCUCUCUUGUGGCAGUGUUUUUUAAUGGUGUAAUAUUUGUCUCCAUACGAAGGACCCCAUCUCUACACGAUCCAUCUCAUUUAUUAAUCUCUAUAUUGGCAUGUACUGAUUUAGGUGUUGGUUUGAUUGAACAACCAAUAUAUGUACUCAACAAAGCCGCAGAGCUGAACCGUCUUGGAAAAAUAUCUUGUGUGACAGGUGCAAUGACAAACAUGCUUGCAGGAUUAUUAGCUGGGAUGUCUUUCCUAACAAUGACCUUCAUUAGUAUAGACCGUUUCCUUGCGUUACAUUUGCACUUGCGUUACAAGGCGAUAGUCACGAAAUCCUUGGUUUUGAAAGCGACUUUCGUUUCUUUUAUUUCAUUUUCUCUGUGUGUUUCGUUCUACCCCUGGCUGCCAAGUGUUCCAGUUUAUGGCGGGAUCACUAUCAUUAUUAUAUGUCUAAUGGUUUCAACGAUAUUGUACUGCAGAAUCUAUAAAAUUGUGAGAAAGCACCAUUUGCAAAUACGAAACAGUGCCCCAAAACAACAACGACAUGAAAGCGAGAGAAUCGUUUUGAAAAAGUACUGGAAAUCCGUAGUAGGAUUUGUUGUUGUGCAUCUCGUUAUGGUCUUAUGUUACCUGCCUUAUGCGAUAGCCCUUGGCAUGAGAGCAGUAUCAGGCAUCACUAAGGAAUAUAAAUUAAUAUUGAAUGUCACUACCACAAUCAUCUAUUUAAACUCCUCCAUGAAUCCACUCGUUUUUUGUUGGAGGAUCAGAGAAGUAAGGAAUGCUGUGGUCAAGACAUUGAAACAGCUAUUUAGGAAACAGUCUGAGAGUAGCCAGACUUCGCGGGUCCAAGUGAACGGAACUUCUAACCAUGCAUACGUAAUAUCUAUGCCACUGAACUAAUAAUGAUACGUUUAAUUAUGCUUUAAAAGGGAAAGGAAAGGAAAGGAAAGGAAAAGGAAAGGAAAGGAAA